AUGACAGUGGAGUUUACUGGUGUGAGUCCAGAGAGGGUCCCAUCAGUAACAUGGUUAACCUGACAGUCACUGGUGGAUCAGUGAUCCUGCAGAGUCCUGUCCUCCCUGUGAUGGAGGGAGAUGACGUCACUCUGCUCUGUAAAACAAAGACCACUCCCUCCAACCUCCCAGCUGCUUUCUAUAAAGAUGGCUCCCUCAUCAGGAAGCGGCCUACAGGUCACAUGACCAUCCAGCAUGUUUCCAGGUCUGAUGAAGGCCUCUACAAGUGUGACAUCAGCGGUCAUGGAGAGUCUCCAUCCAGCUGGAUCACUGUCACAGACAAACACACCACCACACCUCCACCUACAUCCACACCUCCACCUACAUCCACCUCCAUCACUCUUCCUCCAUCACUCUCUCCUCCUGUUCUCUCUGUGUCGUCAUCUGUUGGAUCAGUCUGUGUUGUGGUCCUACUGGUGUUACUGGUUCUGCUGAAUGUUUAUAAACCCUCACUGGUAUCAGGUCCUGACAUUGUUUCUUGGGACCUUUGCUCACAACCCAGCACUGUGCAGAUCAGAGUUCAGAGGUUGUCGGAACAGUGA